GAAAUAUCGUCAAUUAAUUCUUCACAUUUUACAAAAACCUACGUGUUAUCAUAAUUCUAAGGUACUUCUAGCAGUCCCACAAACUUGAAAUUUAGAAUAUAGAUAGAAGUCAAUGUGUAAUUAAAGGAAAAAAUAAAAAAUCUGGGAAUUUAUUAGUUUUUAAUAUAGAAAAUUAGAACCAUUUUAAUUUGACCUCUAGUUCGAAGAAUUUUCAGGUAAGGAAGUGUUCAAACUAAAUUGGUUUUUAACGACAAAAAAUUAAUUAGGAAAACCUACAAAAAGAAGUAAGAUCCCACAAAAAAUAUGAAAUUUACAAACUGCCGAGUCUCGCUUUCCCUAUAAAAGAGUGUUAGAUGUCAUGUAAAACCUAGUCAUUUUAGUUAGUGCCUAUUAUGUAGCCUUGGCAAUUACAUAGCGCUAUUAAUUUUCAAACUAAAAUACGUUAUUCUCGAGAGACUUGCCUAGGUUUGGAUAAAAAUGGUGGCGCCGUGUAGUUGCCAAGGCUACAUAAUAGGCACUAACUAAAAUGACUAAGUUUUACAUGACAUCUAACACUCUUUUAUAGGGAAAGCGAGACUCGGCAAUUUUUUAUAUUUUACAUAUGAUUUUCGUAUGAUUUACUGUAAUUAGGGCAUUUAGAGUAACAUUUGAACAUAUUUAUUUCAAUAAAAGAUUAAAAACCUGUACCCAAAUCUUUGUUCAUGAAGGACGCAGAAAACAAUUCGACGUCAGAUUCAAACGACAGUACUUUGCCUCUGAAAACUAAUGCCGCACGAACAUUCAGAGAUGGCGUUCGUAAAAUUGAUCUGAUCCUAGUUGUGAAAGAUGAGGAAAACAUCAUAAGUGACAUCAUAAAAAAUAAUUUUCUCACCAACAUUGUUAAAACUGGAUUUGAAAUUGAAUUUGAAAAUGGUGUAUUGCCAAAACACCGAAAGCUAGUAUUUUUUAAAAUACAUUGCCCGAAUGAUGUUCUCAAUAAUUUGGGAAAAGCUUUUGGGGUAAAAUGCGUUCAGAGUGCUCGAUCCGAACACAUAAUGUCAAGCAAAGAACGAGAGUGGAUAAAUUUAAUAAGAAAGGAGUACACACAACCAUUACAAUACACGAGCUUGGAGAGAAGCCUCGUAGUUUAUAUGGCAUUGCUGACCGUUCCAUUUGGAGACAGACAAAACUACAUAGGGCUGGAAAGGCUAAUGAAACGCAAUAUUGUGGUAGAUGCAUACGCAUUACAUGACGGACCGUACUACAUUCCACAAGACGCUUCAAGGAUUAAUGCUCGUCAGAUCCUGUUUUAUAAUUGGGCUGGUAUGACCAAUAUGUUUACCAGACAGCCAUUAACCUUGGUGCAUGAAUACUUUGGACUCAAGGUUGCCCUGUACUUCGCUUAUUACGGACUUUACAAUAUUUUUCUAGCAAUUGCGUCCAUAGUGGCUCUUUUAACAUUCUUCUUAGCUAUAUUUUGUAAUGACACCUACAUGGAUUUGAGGUAUGUUUUUCUCAGCUUACUGGUUUGGAAAUGAAAAAUAUUUGAACUGGAUAUGGGAAACGCAUAAUAAAUACUACAACAGGAAACAAAUAAGGUACCAAUAUGUACAUAUAUGUCGGCAUUAUCUCUGUUCCGGUGUCAGAUAGAUUCAUUGGGCGUGCGUAUGCAGUAGUAUAAUUCCAGAAAUAAAAUAAAACACUACUUAUUUGCCAAAAAAAAAAAAACAAAUUUAAAAGAACACAACUUACAAAUCAUAUUACUGAAAAAAAAUGACAAAAAAUUCUUGGCCAAAAGGAAAACGCUCAACUGAUGCGGCCUCCACCUUGUCACUGAAGGCCGCGCUGGUUUUCAGUAAAUAAGUCCGUAUCACACUUAUUUAGUAACUUUAUUAUAAAAAUAAAAUAAAACAGCCUUUAUUGCUUUUCUUAUUA